UGUGGAGAGACUGCUGCUGUUCGGCGCUGCUGCAUCAUUCAAAGUUCGUGACUUUGGGCAUGGAGAUGGCUAUAUUCCCGUGCCAAAGCCCAAAAGCCUUAACUGCUUGGCUGCAGCCCCCCUUCUUUCUAUAAUAGCCCACGUAUCAUUCGCACAUAACAGUGUAAUCUUACUCUAUGUUAUGUUGCUUUGAUGAAGACGACGACGAUGCUUUAGGGGCAAGAAAUCGAGCCAGAGAAAAAGAAUGGAACCUGAUGGUCGAGACAUAACCAUGGAUUGGAGUGAAAGGAGAGAGAAAAUGAGCGCAUAGAGACAAAUUAAUUAAGAGGCCGAGGUUGCGCGCCCGAGCCAACUAGGCUCGUGAAUCUCCGUACCUUAACCCACAUCCUUUCCCACCGGAAAGCAAAUAGCAUCACAUCACGUUCAUUAAUUGUAUUUUUUAUGUUAAUAGUAAACUUUGGAUGGAGAAAGAAAGGCGAGAGAUUGAGAGCAGGUCGCGCGUAGAUAUGUGUUUUGGCGAGAGAGAAAGAGCGAGAGAGAGAGAAGUGAACGACGAAACGAAGAAAGUGUCUGCAACAGGUCCGAGCUUAACGAGUGCGAAGCGUGGAGUGGAGGAGAGGUGGUAGGGAACAGAGGAGCGAGGAUCCCGGAUUGGGUGUGAAAGGAGACUCUUUUAUUCCCUUAUACGUACAAUUUCUCUUCGCAAUCCUUCCUCUGCACGUCUCUAAGGAUUCCCUGCGUUUGCUGAGCUCGAGAGGGGCCUUGGAGCUCGGGCUCGAGUCAAUGCCGGUUCUCGAGAUCGCUUCUCUGGGAGAAUUGAGGGUUGAGGGAAGCGAAAUCCUCGUCGACAGGGAGGAAGUUCUGCGGGCUUUGUGAUCUGACUUUAGUUUUGAUUUUCCAUCUUGCAACUCGUGGGAUCUGCUGGAUUCUGGGGGUUGCUGUGUGGUUUUGUGGCUGUUACUCAUUGUUGAGGUUAGGGAAUGUGAAAUAUGGCUGGAAAUGGCAGAGGAGGAAGUAACACGGGAGGUGGGGCGUCCAUUAGCGCAGCAGCUGUAGCUGUUGGCUCUGUGGAAGCGAGAUUUCCCCCACCGGAGAGGCAGCGGAGCAGGUGGGGAGGCUGCUUUGGUGGAUUUUCCUGUUUCGGGUCACAGAAAGGAGGGAAACGCAUUGUUCCAGCAACCCGCAUACCCGACGGGAAUGGGUCCACAAGUCGUGGGAAUAUAUCUCAGUCUGCAGGACCUUCUAACCAAAAUACCACCCUAAAUCUCUCUCUUUUAGCCCCGCCAUCAUCACCUGCUUCUUUCACAAACUCUGCACUCCCGUCAACGGUUCAAUCACCCAGCUGUUUCUUGUCAAUGUCUGCCAACUCUCCUGGCGGGCCAUCCUCAACCAUGUUUACUACAGGCCCUUACGCUCAUGAAACACAGUUGGUCUCACCGCCUGUUUUCUCAACUUACACAACAGAACCUUCUACUGCUCCUCUAACGCCUCCUCCCGAGCUCGCCCACUUGACAACUCCCUCAUCCCCUGAUGUGCCAUUUGCCCAGUUGCUUUCGUCUUCUCUGAAACUUAGAAGUACUGGGAAAGUGAAUGGCGUUUCUUAUUCUGGUUAUGUUGGUGGCGACCUUCAGUCUAACUAUCCACUCUAUCCUGGAAGCCCAACCAGUAGCCUAAUAUCACCUGCAUCUGGAACUCCUCGAACCGGUCUUUCUUCACCAUAUCCUGAGGGUGAUAUUCCUACUCAAUGGAGUGCUUCAAUUGCAGCGCGUGACUUGCCUCAUUCAAGAAACGGGUCAUCCAAGCUGUUUGGUCUUGAUUCUUCCACCUCCAGAAAUUUCAUGCUGUCGUCUGAUUCAAGUUUCUUCCACCCGGAUAACUCUGCUGCUGCUGCACAAUUUUAUCUAGAUCAGGCACAACAAUCUUUUACUGGAUAUCCUCAUUCAGGGGCGAGAAUAAGCCUUUCCAGGGAAGGUGAUGUGUAUACUAGUGGUGGUAAUAGACCGAACAAAUCUGUUAAACAAGAUCCAGAGGAGAUUGAAGCCUACAGAGCAUCUUUUGGUUUCAGCGCAGAUGAAAUCAUUGUGACACCGACUUAUGUUGAGAUCAAUGAUGGGCUUGAUGUUUCCUUCACCAUGUCUCCCUUUAGCAACUGUAAGUCGUGCAUAGAACAACAUCCAUUCCUAGGGCUGUCCACGGGAGGCCAAAAGGUGGUCAUGGUGGAUUCUGGUAGCCCAAAGAUUUCAAAUCAUGUGUUCAAAGGAGAUUUCAGUGUAGCAACUAAUUAUGAUAAUCCAAUUGCAGGUGGUGCUAACUUCAACUCCCAUGAUACUAGUAGUCAUCAUUCAACAACUGAGAAGAAGAGCGAGGCAACCUUUUCCAAGUCUACGAGCAGAAGAACUCGACUGGUUGAAUCAUGUUCUGAUGCAGAAAUUGAAUAUAGAAGAGCUAGAAGUGUAAAAGAUGCUAACAAUGCUCUGGCCUCCCGCAAUUCACCUUCAUAGCCUGUAAACUGGAACUGGAACUGGAUGGCAGUAUAGUUUAAUUGGUGUAUUAUGUAAUCAAAAACAUGCUAGGAAAUUGUCGUUUAGGGUCUCUGUUACUAAUGGUUGUAUUAUUCUCUGAUACUAAAGCUUGGAUUGGUGAUUGUGGUUCUCAUCAAUUUCAUUUUCGAACACUCCAUAUUACAGUUUAGAUUUAUGCAA